AUGGAUACCGUGUCCCUGGAGCAUCAGAUCCAGAGUGUGCAACGCCACAUCAGCUUCCUGAAAAAGGAGCAGAUGGCCCUGCUGCGAGACCUGCACCUGGAAAUCCUGAGGCUGCAGAAACGCUGUUCAGAGGCGGCGUCCCGGGAGCUGGAGAGCAAGUGCCGCGCGCUGGAGUCGCAGCUCGCCGCGCGGACGGCCGCCAACGCCGAGCUGCGGCGGGAGGUGGCGCAGCGCGAGGCGCUGGUGUCGGCGCUGCGCUGCAGCCUCCGCGCGGAGGAGCGCCGCUUCCUGGAGGAGCUGCGGCGCCGCAGCCACCGUGCCACCGUGCUGGGCACCGAGCUGCAGAAGCACACCGAGGCGGCCGCCUACCUCUCCUGCCAGCUGCACGCGGCGCGCCAGAGACUGCAGACUCCGCGCCCGGGCCCCGCCGCCGCCGCCGCCGCCGAGCCCCGGCCCCGCCGGCGAGCACAGCGGGCCCGCCGCCCGCCCGCCGCCGAGGCUGCCGCCAAGGGCCUGGGCCGGGACUGGGCUGCCUGGGAGCGCGCGGCCCGGGCCCUGGACGACGUCGACCCCAUGCCAGACCCCGCGCUCUUCCUCUAUGCCCAGAGGCCCCCGCGGCCGAGCGGCCGCAGCCCGCGCCAGCCGCCUCCCCAGGAGCCCCCGGACCAAGCCGGCCCGCCGGCCGCGCCCAGCCCGCCCAGCGCUCCCGGGGAGCCGGAGUAG